AUCCAAAUAUUAUAGUAAUCCUUAUCGAUUAGCUCAAUGAAAUUACAUUCGGAGUUAUCAAAGCUAAUGACAACACCAUCAACGGCAAAAACGACUCCUAAUACAAAGUUCCCAUAUACGGCACGACUCAAAACUCUUCAGUUUCAACUCUCUCUCUCAGUCCCAGUUCUCUGCAUGAAAACAUCUCUAUAUACACACACACAAAACGUAUACAAUCAAACAGUUUAUUUUUUUCUUUAUAACAUCAUAUAUAAAUAUUACAGUUCUCCAUUUUCUUUGAAUUCUCAAUGGCGGGUCUUUAUUAUACUUCUGGUUUUGUUUCUCGUUUGCUGUUUUUACUGACAGUUCUUUCUGUAUCACUCGCUGCUUUUGCUUUUGUUCUCCAAUGGCGUGGCGGGUUACCCGACCCAAGUACCCGAUGGGCACCCGAUGAUGAUCCCAUUGAGUUUCACGCCACGGGUGGGUCAAAACCCGUACGUUUAUCGGAUUCAUCCUCUUCUGGCUGUGAAGAUAUUCUUGGCCAGAGUCGUAUGCCUUCGUUUCCAUACUUCAAAGAUUGGAAGUUUAACUUCGGGUCAUCUUCCGGGUCGGAUCUUAAGCCUAAGAUAUCAAUCACUACAAGUACGUCCGCUGGCUUAGAGCAGAUACUACCCUGGUUAUUUUAUCAUAAGGUUAUUGGGGUAACAAACUUUUUCCUGUUUGUGGAGGGAAAAGCUGCAUCCCCCAAUGUAUCUAAGGUGCUAGAAUCAAUCCAAGGAGUAAGAGUAAUAUAUAGAACAAGAGAACUAGAAGAUGUACAAGCCAAAAGUCGGAUCUGGAAUGAAACCUGGCUAGCUGGAUUCUUCUACCAACCAUGCAACUACGAGUUAUUUGUUAAGCAGACUCUUAACAUGGAAAUGGCCAUCGUCAUGGCAAGGGAAGCUGGCGUGGAUUGGAUUAUUCAUCUUGAUACUGAUGAGCUAUUACAUCCAGCUGGAACUAGUGAGUAUUCUUUACGGCGACUUCUGGCAGAUUUACCUGAAGAUGUUGAUAUGGUGGUCUUUCCUAAUUAUGAGAGCAGUGUUGAGAGAGAUGAUGUAAAGGAACCUUUUAGUGAAGUCUCAAUGUUCAAGAAGAAUUACGACCAUCUCCCGAAAGAAACUUACUUUGGAAACUACAAGGAAGCAACCCGUGGUAAUCCUAACUACUUUUUGACUUAUGGAAAUGGAAAAUCAGCCGCACGAGUUCAAGAUCAUCUUCGUCCUAAUGGUGCUCACAGGUGGCACAACUACAUGAAAAGCCCAAAAGAGAUAAAACUGGAUGAGGCUGCUGUUCUGCAUUACACAUACCCCAAGUUUUCAGAUUUAACUUCACGACGAGAUCGUUGUGGAUGUAAACCUACAAAAGAAGAUGUGAAAAGAUGCUUCAUGCUAGAAUUCGACAGAGCUGCUUUUAUAAUAGCUUCAACUGUGACAGAGGAGGAAAUGCUUCAGUGGUACCGUGAACAUGUUGUUUGGACCGAUAAAACACUUAUUCGGAAACUUAUCAAGAAGGGCAUAUUGACACGCAUAUAUACUCCCAUGGUCAUUAUACAGGGAUUGAAGGAAUCUGGCGUUUUCGCUUCUGUUGUUGCUUCAGCACAUAGAAAUAUCAUAAAAGAAGAGUCUUUAUCUUCUACUGGAAACAGAAACGCCUCCAGAUAUCCUCAUAUUACUGAUACAUUUCCGAGAAAGAUGGGUCGUAUAUUGGAACCUCAAGCAACUGCAAGGAAAUUCCUGGAAUUUAGUGAAACUGAUCGUCAGGCAAUUUCACCCCAAUCGCCUCCUGGCAUGGACGGAAUUCACCUCUACAAAAUACCUUCUGUACAAUAACUCUUCUUGAAGAAAAAUUCUGCUAUACCCUUAGGAAGAUAGCUGCACGAAAUUCUUUCGUACCGUGAUGGUGAGGUACAUGAGUUGUGUCUUGCAUAGUGAUAUAUACUCUUGGGAAAUUGGUUUGCAUAGAAUUGUCUGAGUAUCUAGCCAAGAACUCAGAUACACAUCUUAGAGCCACUCGGAAUCAUAGACUGAAGUAUUCUUAAUGAUUUUGGUCAAUUCUUUUUUAUCUUUCUUUUUAAUCCCCAUAUUUUCAACAUGAGCGAAAGCUAGGAAUUGUUCAAUUUUUAAUGUGAAUAUAUGACAGAAGGAUUUGGAGGAUACUAUUUUAAUUCAUGGGGUAGAUUUAUCAUAUUAGAUGUAUAAG